AUUUAUUUUAAAUGGGUAUUCUGUUUUAUUAGAGAUAUAUAUUGAAAUGUUUGUCAGUUUUACUAUCUUUUAAAUCAUUUCUGUUUGUUAUUUGAGAUAAUUCGCUAAAUGUGCUGAAUUUGAUAGUAUAUGCUGUCAUAAUCUUGUUGAGAAAGUUGAAAUGUGCAAAGAAAAAAAUAUAUAUAUCGGCAUAUUAAAAAAAAAAAACAUUCUUCACAAGUUUGAUUUAAAAAUCCGACAUUGGCUUGCGCGUGCGCACUGCCACUGCGAUCCUAACCUGCAAUUGUGAUGUCAAAUUAGUAUAUAAAUGUGUGUACUGUAUUUACGGAAGAUAACUUUCUCCACCAGCCGGUGGAAUAUAUAAAAAAAGUAUUAAAUAAUCCUAAUAGGUUGACACUUGGACACUUCCACAGGACUAAGAAAAAAGAUAUCUGGUUGUCUAUAAAUGUAUAUUUGCAUAAAUUGUGGAACUGAAUGCAAAGAACUUUUUAGGAGAUACUGCCCUAGUGUUCUUAAAAUCUUAAAAUGUGAGAAAUGUGGAUUGUUAGCUGACAAAUAUAUUGAAUAUGAUCCUGUCAUAGUCUUUGUAGAUCUUAUUCUGAUAGAAAAACCAGCUUACAGACAUCUUUUGUACAAUAGCAAUUUUAAAUCAUAUUGGAAAAUAAGUAUAAUAUUAUGGCUAGCUGAAUCGUUCAGGGCUUGGUCUUUAUGUGAUAUAAACGAAACAGAAUUAACUGCGUCAGAAGUAGAUUUAGUUCACAAUGAUGGAUUACAAGAUCAUUGCAAUAUUUACAAUUUACUGUUACACACAGCACUAGCAUUUGCAGCAUUCAUUUGUAUAGUUAUUGUAGUGACUGAACUAAAAUGGUUUAUCAUUGGCAAAAAACCAUAUAAAUACAGUGUAAAAGAUUUAAGUUGCGCUCUAAUAGUCGGAGGUUGUGGUAAAUUAUUGGGAUUACUUGGAAUAGUGUGGCAGCACAUAGCCUCGGGUCCAUAUUACCUUCUUAUUCAAGGUUACACCAUUUUAUGUCUUUUAACUGCAUAUUCAGUUGUUUGCAAGAGUGGAAGGGGAGGAUCUUUGAUUGGAUUAAUUGCUGGAUUUUUACUGUAUGGUUACAUAUGUACUUCCAUAUCUAAAUUGCACCUAAAUAUUUCCAAUAUCACACUAACAUGACAUAAAAUAUCUGAUAAA